AUGGCAAUUUCAAAGCUAUCUAUGCUCCUAGCCUCUGCAUCUCUUGUAGCAGGCCAUGGCUAUGUCUCCAGCAUCGUAGCCGACGGCAAAAAACCCCCAGAGAGCGUCGGCUGGGCAACAACAGCAACCGACCUCGGUUUCGAAGACGGCACCGAAUACCAAGAUCCGAACAUAAUCUGCCACCGAGACGGAGUCAACGCAGCUUUGAGUGCUACAGUCACCGCUGGCUCCAGUAUUGACAUCCAAUGGACGACCUGGCCAGAGUCCCACCACGGUCCUCUGAUUACGUAUCUCGCCUCAUGCAACGGUGACUGCAGCACGGUCGACAAGACCACGCUGAAAUUCUUCAAGAUUGAAGAAGACGGUCUCAUCGAUGGCAAAAAUCCUCCUGGCACAUGGGCUGCUGAUCAUCUUAUUGCUGCUGGCGGCCAGUGGACUGUGAAGAUUCCUUCUACCAUCGCUGCGGGUAACUAUGUCAUGCGGCAUGAGAUUAUCGCUCUGCACUCCGCUUCCCAGUCGAAUGGUGCUCAGAACUACCCGCAGUGCUUCAAUUUGAAAGUCACUGGGGGUGGAAGUGAUGUGCCUGAAGGCACGCUUGGUGAGGAUUUGUAUACCAAUACUGAUCCGGGGAUCUUGUUCAAUAUUUAUUCUACGCUGACUUCAUAUGUUAUCCCGGGACCGGCUUUGUAUGUCUGA